CGCCCCACCCCUCUUUCCUUUCUUUCUUCCUUCCUUCCUUCUUUUUGUCCGCGUUCCUGCCCAUGAAUUAAAAUUCAUCUUGCGUGUAACCCCAAAAAACGAAGACCCGGUCUUCUUUUUAACGGCGGGGUGAUGAAACUGGGGGAAUGUGAAAUGGUUCGUGCACCGGAUGCAAUAAAAAACCAGAGUGAAAUGGAGAUGGACCCGGAGAUGAGUGGGAAGAGGGAGGAGGGGUUGGAGAGUCAAGGAUAAAUAAAACACAUUGAAUAAUGGAAAGGAAACAAGACCGGUGAGAAAAAGAGGGAGAGAGGCACCACAAUUUGGUUGAAGAAGACCACCUUGCUCUGGGGAGGGAGGUCGCCGCUUUUGCUCUUUCUCUGUGUGUCUCUGAGUUGGGUAGCCUUUUCUCUUUUGCUUGAACCUGGAUACAAGAAGGGUCCUUUCAGCUCACGGUCUGCAUAGGAUCCCGAGGAAGGAGGGAAGGAAGGAGGGUAGGAAGGAAGGUAGGAAGGCACGAAGGAGGAAUUGAAGAAGUAGAUUCAGAUGGGGAAUUGCUGGGGCACUCCAGCAGAACAGCCGACCUCUGUGACUCCUGAUCAUCUCACUUCAGGGGUCAUCUCCCAGACAACCAGUAACACGACAUCUUCAGGAGGCAGCAAUAUUUCUCGGAACAGCCUCUUCUCCGUGUCAAGUGGGGACGAGGUUUUUCCUAAUGGGCAGAUCUUGCAGCACCCAAAUCUGAGGAUUUACACUUUCUCGGAAUUGAAGGCAGCAACCAAGAAUUUCAAAUCCGAUAUGGUGCUCGGCGAAGGAGGAUUCGGCAAAGUGUACAAAGGAUGGCUCGAAGAGAAGCCAUCGACAAGAAGCGGCAGUGGGUCUGUGAUCGCAGUUAAGAAAUUGAACUCUGAAAGCCUGCAGGGUGUUGAGGAAUGGCAGUCUGAGAUAAAUUUCUUAGGGCGGCUUUCUCAUCCAAACCUCGUGAAAUUAUUGGGUUACUGCUAUGAAGACACAGAGCUGCUCCUAGUGUAUGAAUUCAUGCAGAAGGGCAGCUUAGAGAACCAUCUAUUUGGAAGAGGUUCGGCUGUUCAGCCUCUUCCAAUGGAAAUAAGGAUCAAAAUCGCCCUUGGAGCAGCUCGAGGCCUUACAUUUCUACAUACAUCGGACAAGCAUGUGAUAUACAGAGACUUUAAGGCGUCAAAUAUACUCCUUGACGGGUCCUAUAAUGCGAAGUUAUCGGACUUUGGAUUGGCAAAGUUGGGUCCUUCUGCUAGUCAAUCUCAUGUAACUACGCGUGUCAUGGGAACAUACGGGUAUGCCGCGCCAGAGUAUGUGGCUACAGGGCAUCUGUAUGUCAAGAGCGAUGUGUAUGGAUUUGGCGUUGUAUUGGCAGAGAUGCUUACAGGGCAGCGGGCGCUCGAUCUCAAUCGCCCAAGUGGAAAACACAAUCUUGUGGAUUGGGUCAAGCCGUAUUUAGCUGAUAGGCGAAAGCUGAAGACCCUUAUGGACUCUAACCUUGAGGGAAAAUAUCCUUCGAAAACCGUAUUCCAAGUGGCUCAGCUCGCCUUACGUUGCCUUGCGCCUGAGCCGAAAUGCCGUCCAUCGAUGAAAGAAGUUGUGGAGACGCUAGAACGUCUCGAAGCUUCGAGCGAGAGAGCAAAUGAGCCCAGGGCUCGUUCCUCUCAUCCUAUGGCUCAUCGGCGCGGCCAAGCGCCCUUGCACCACCGGUCCCCUCUGCACCAGGGGCAGGAAAAGGGUCGAGGCAGCCAACUUUCGCCUCUGGGAAGGUAAAACUGUUUUGGACCCACAGGUCAUGACAUCGAUUGGUAAAGACCAUCUUCAUCUCUAUUCAAGUGGAUUUGUCAAAUAGCAUAGUGAUUGUUCGAUGUUAUGGAGAUAGGUUUGUACCGAAAAUUUUCGCACAGGACCGUAUCAUCCCCCUUGAGUAGUCCAUUGAAAAGGCUUUGUUUGUGAAUUGUUGUACCACUUUAGUGAGACUUCAUUGGAGACGUGGAGGUUUUCCCUUCGUCUCCUGGGAAAAAGAAAAGUCUGAGAGCUGUACUAAUGUAAUCCUAGUGCUGAAUUCCCUGAUGGAAAAAUGUACAUUCCUUUACUUCUUUUUA